UUAGCAUCAACACAUUCCUCUCGUAUAAAAGAUGCGCUCUGCAGCUUAGGGUUUUGUUUAGUGCCGACGACGAGGGAGGGAGAGAGGGGGCACUGUUUUCUUGUUACGUGCAAAGAAUCACAGCCAUGGCGCCCGUUAAGAAAGCGAAGAAGUCUACGGAGAGCAUUAAUAAUAGGCUUGCCCUGGUGAUGAAGAGCGGGAAGUAUACUCUCGGUUACAAGACCGUUCUCAGAUCUCUUAGAAAUUCCAAGGGGAAAUUAGUAAUAAUUGCAAACAACUGCCCUCCACUCCGCAAGUCUGAGAUUGAGUAUUAUGCGAUGCUUGGAAAGGUUGGCGUUCAUCAUUUUAAUGGAAAUAAUGUUGAUCUUGGAACUGCUUGCGGUAAAUAUUUCCGAGUGUGCUGCCUCAGCAUAAUUGACCCAGGCGACUCUGAUAUAAUCAAGUCCAUACCUGGCGAUCAUUGAUACAUCCACUAUGGAGAUUGGUCUUCACUUGUUUUGAAUUAGGAUAAUUUCUUGGGACGGUUUUCUUAUUGUUUGCUACCUCAACUGGAGAUAUACUUUUGCUAUGGAAUUUUUUUUUAUUUUGGAAUUUCUACUUUUAGUGUUCCAUCUCGAUGAUGAGUAUGAGGUUUUAUUUACGACAGCUUUUUUAUUGUUUCUUAAAUCAAAUUUUUAGUACAAAAAUUUAUUUUAAGAAGCAAUAAAAAAAGUGUCGCAAAAUAAAAUCUGAAUCACUCAUUUUUUCAUGUUGAAUGGUCUGACGAGCUUGUGUUUUGCUCCUGUUAUCUUUGUUGCGCCAAACUAAAUGGCUAUAUUGCAGUUUUAGCUGAAAUUUGAAGAAAAAUCUAUAAUAAUUGUCACGCUAUUUUCUUUAAAAAGAAUAUAUCUAUUGUUGACU